AUGAGUAAUAUAUAUGAUAUGCUCGGUAUUAAUAUCGAGAAAAUAAAGGAUAAGAAAAAGGAGAAAGAUAAAAAGAGCAAAAAAGAAUUAAAUUUUUUAAAAGAAAAUGAUAACUUGUUUUCUCUUCCAACAUCAUCUAAAACUAUAAAUCUUAAUAACAAGAAUUCCAGCAUAUGGAGGUUGGUGAAAUUUAAAAACAAAUGCAGAAAUGAUGACUUAAUAUUAAAAAAAUGGAAAAAAAUGGGGUAUAAAAAUGAUAAAAUUCAAUUUAAUGAAAAUUCUAUAGAAGAUGAUUACACUUUUGAAAAAUUUAAUAAAAAAAUAAAUAUAGUAAAAUAUGACGAUGAAUUUUACAAUAAACAAAUUAAAAAUAUGAAUUUAAAAUGGACAAAAGAAGAAACUGAUUAUUUAUUUAAUUUAUGUGAAAAAUAUGAAUGUCAUUUUAUUAUUAUAUAUGAUGUAUAUGAUCCUAAAUAUUCAAGAACUAUAGAAGAGCUAAAAGAUCGGUUUUACAGCGUGUCUAAAAAAGUUGUAGAAGAUGCUUUCGAUCAAAAAAUUAAGUUAGAAGAGUCAAAAAAAAUUAAAAAUAAUAUUGAUUUAAUAAAAUUAAAAGAAGGAAAAGCUAAACACCCACUAGUCAAAUUUACGUAUAAUAUGGAAGCAGACAUCGAAAGAAAAAAUAUAAUUCAUAAAACAUAUACAAUAUCAAAAAAAGAUGUAAUGUUAGAAGAAAUAACAAUGGAAAGUAUUAAAAAAUUUGAGAGCAAAAUUAAACAUGAAUUAAAAAAGGUGUCUGAUAUGAAAAAAUUGAAAAAGAAAUUUGAGUUAACCAACGAUGAAAUUAUACCGAUAAACAAAUUUCCUGAGGAUGAAAAAGACGAAAAAAAUAUUUAUAGCGCAAAAUAUUUUUUCCAAAAACUUAAAAUCGAUAUAUCAUAUUAUGACAAACUAGAUAUAUAUUUAAAAGAAAACGACAUAGAAAAACCAACCAUAUAUACAGAAAACAUUUGCUUCUUAUAUGGGGUUUUAAGAACUGACGUGGCUAUACUACUGAAUUUGAGAAAAAAAGUUGAAAAAUUAAAACAGGAACGAGAAUAUUGGAGAAAUGAGCUAAUUAAAAUGGAAGAAGAAUACCUAAAAAAGAAGAAUAAGUCAUAA